AGUGCGCUUCAAUUAGAGUUUAGAGUAGCACCGACCGAUCGAGAGGACGGCGGAAGAAGCGGAGAAAAAAACAGGCGAAGGAGCUGCCGAACAGCAGUGUCCUAUCUGCCUAGAGCAGUGCGACGACAAAACCUUCAUUGAUCCUUGCUUCCAUUGUUUCUGUUUCAUGUGCGUAGUCCAGUGGGCGGAGGUGACCACCACGUGUCCAAUGUGCAAAACCAACUUUACCACUCUCAUCCACAAUGUUGAGGCCAUCGACAAAUAUGCACAGUACAAAGUUGAACCAAAGACCAAGUCAUCUGGUUUUGAAAUCGGCAUUGGAGGAGCUAGAAGGUUUAGGUAUCGGACGACGCUCAUGCCUGGGCAGCCGAGGGCGGCGUCGUCCUCUGGCGGGGCAGGCUCUUCUCACAGUCAGGAGGAAGGGGGAGCCACUGAGAGAGAGAGGGAGAGAAGGGAGAGGAGGGAGGAGGCUGCCCAGCAGAUGUCUAACCCUGCAUCUGAUGAGAGGAGGCGCGUUGUGUAUGCUUUGGGACUGUGGGCUCAGCCGUCUGCCAACUCUGACAGAAGGAAAGAGAGAGUGAGAGAUAUAUGUGCCAUGUUUUUUCGUCAGAACCCAGCCUGCACUCAUCGACUGGUGCCAUGGCUGACGCGAGAGUUCAAAGUUCUCCUGGGUCCAGAACAUGUCCAGUUUAUGAUUCAACUGGUCCUCUCCCUACUCAGCAAGAUAAAUCUGGACGGGGAGGAGUUUCCCGAGCAUCUCCAACCAUUUCUGGCCACGCGGACCUCUCACUUCCUCCACGAGCUGGUCUCGUUUGCUCGCUCCCCGCUCAACAUGGCGGCCUACGAUCACAGUGUCCGCUACGAGUGGCCGACAGCCGGGAGAGCCAGAGACAACUGGGACCCCGAGGCCACUGUCAAUCACAGUAUCCUUCCACAGCACCUCCACAGCUCACCUACACCAGGUCCGGCAGGGUUGUCAUCACAGGAGAUCCAAGAGAGGCUGUUUCAUGAGCUGACAGCCACUCGCUGGGACGACAGUCCUCCCUUCCUCCCCCUCCCCUCCUCUCCCUCCUCACCAAUCCUCGUUCACGGCUCUGACUCUGAAUGCGACGGGGUGGAUGACGUAGCACCCUCUAUCGCAGCAUCCCCUCUAGAGGCCUCCUCCUCUAAUCUUGCCGCUAUUAGUAGCGGCGCUAUUGGUGAUGGUGCUGCUGUGAGUGUGGGGAGGGGUGAGGAGGGUGGAAGAGAGGGAGAAGAGGGUGACUUCGGUACAGGUGUCGCGUCGGAGACUUUGUCGCAGCAACCGAGGAGUUUGGAGGACGGUGAUUACCCCACGCUCGAGGGACUUGGUUCUCAGGCAUUGGAAGACACUUUUUCUACACAUCCACCAGCUGACACAGAAAGCCCUGCCUCUUUACCUUCUUCACUGAACACUGGGACCGAGACAAAUAAACAUGGAGAAGAGGUGAACGAUGAAAAGGAGAAAGAGCAAAGAAACAAAGAAGGAGAAGACGGAAUUGAAGAGGAGGAGGAGUGUAUUGUGAUCAACGCAGAGAGUGAGGGUGAGCAGCCGCCAGAGCAGAGGGCCAAUGAAACGUUUGGCAGUAUAGCUGCGGGUAGUUUGGAGACUCGCGGAACCAAGAGGAGUUUCAGGAAGAAACCCACCAGCUGUCCGCGAGAAGGAAGAGUGAGGGAAGUGAGUCAGAGCAAGGGUGAGAGGGGAGCAACAACGAAGGGGGAAAAUGGAAGUGGAGAAACUAAGGAAAAGGGUUGCAGCAAGAGGAGUGAGACAACAGAUCGACACAAGAAGAGGGACAGGAAGAGCACCGAAAAAAGACGCAAGGAGAAAGAAAAGGGAAGGAGAGAGAGUCGUAAAUAUCCCAGUAAGAGUAGAAGAAGAUCAAUGAGUAGGGAGUAUAGGCACAGCAGAUCAAGACACCACUACAGUAGGAGCAGUUCCAGUGACUUGGACAGAGAGCACAGGAAUAGGGACAGGAGAAAGAGAAGCAGAAGUCCGAGACACGUGGAUGCAGACAUUGAGCCUUACUGCGUGAGGGACAAGUCCCACAGAUCAAGACUCUAUUCCGACGACUACAAUAACGCAGGGGCUUCCUCAUCUGGCCGUGACCGUGAGGAAUCAUCUAGCAGAAGUGGAAAGAGAAGAGAGAGGAGGAGGGAGAGUGAAAGUCCGCUCGACGGAAGGUCUGAAAAACGACGUAUGGGGAACAGAGAGAGUGAUGGCAAGCUAAAAGAAGAGCUGUCUAGCAUCGAUGAGGAAAUUGUGCAACACAAGCGAGAGGUUCUGCGAGCCAUGCUCAGAUGCGAGCGACUGAAACUCCUCCACCGACAGCUGCAAGGAAGAGACUUGCCCGACGACAGCUGCAGCAAUGAAUUGGGGAAGCCCCCGGUAAUUGACGAGAGCACACCCACUGGUGAGGUUGUGAAGCAAUUGGCACGAGCUGGCACAGGUCUAUAGUUUCAAGCUAUAGACGCAAAUAGAGAUGGGUGUUUUGCAUGAGGUUUAGAUGAGCUAAUUGCAGCGGAAACACGAUCUGUCACCUUGUCUGACGUUUCACGUUAUAUCUGCUAAUUUUUUUCUCCUUGUAAU